AUGGGUUAUUGCUUGUUCUACGAAUCGAUGUUGAAUACGGUCAUUUUUGCGCGUGAUAAAUGGCUGAAGCCAGGAGGCGCUCUUUUUCCAGACAGAGCUAAGCUGUUCCUUUGUGCCAUCGAAGACCGGCAGUAUAAAGAGGAUAAAAUCAAUUGGUGGGACAAUGUUUAUGGUUUUAACAUGUCCAGUAUUCGACGUGUUGCAAUCGCGGAACCUCUGGUCGAUGUUGUCGAUCAUGCGCAAGUUGUCACGAAUAACUACCUGAUUUCCGUACGUUUUGACUUUUCUUGA